AUGCCCCUGGACGGUGCAUCUGCCACGCCCUCCUUCUGUGCAUCGCCGGGUGGCACCGCGGCAUUGGAUCACGGGUUUGGGAGGGCGGGUGGGGGCGGUGGCGGGUACGACAUCAUCGUGACGGCGGAGACGGUGUACUCGCCGCGCUCCAUGGCCAAGCUGCUCGCCCUCGUCUCUAAGUGUCUGCGGCGGCCGCACGGUGUGCUGUACGUGGCGGGCAAGAAGCAUUACUUUGGGGUGGGCGGCGGCACACGCCAGUUCAAGGGCCUCGUGGAGCAACAAGGUUCGUUGCACGGCCACUUGCUCAAGGAGGUUGUGGAUGGCUCCUCCAAUGUUCGGGAAGUGUGGAAGUUUUUCUACUAG